AUGGUUGCGAGGAGUGCAUCCACCAUGGCGCCCAAGCUCAAGAAUCCGUCCCUGCUCAAGCACGACGUCUGCUACAUCGACGGCGAGUGGAAAGGCGCCAGAUCGGGCAAGACGUUCAAGGUCAACGACCCGUGCUCGGGUGAUCUCAUCGGCACCUGCGCCGAAUGCGACGUCGAAGACACCAAAAUCGCCAUCCGCGCCGCCGCCGACGCCUUCCCCGGCUUCCGAUCCAAGACGGGCCGCGAGCGUGCCAGAAUCCUUCGCAAGUGGUACGAACUCAUGGUCGAAAACUCGGAGGAUAUCGCAAAGCUCAUCACGUGGGAGAACGGCAAGCCGUUUGCCGAUGCCAAGGGUGAGGCCGCCUACGCCGCCAGCUUUUUCGAGUGGUUCGGCGAGGAGGCCCCCCGAAGCUACGGCGACACCAUCCCGGCCACGAUCCCCGGAAACCGGGUGUGGACGAUCAAAGAGCCCGUCGGCGUCUGCGGACUCAUCACCCCCUGGAACUUUCCCGCAGCCAUGAUAACGAGAAAGGUCGGGCCUGCGCUGGCCGCCGGCUGCACCGUCGUCUGCAAAGCCCCUGGCGAGACUCCGUACACUGCCCUCGCCAUCGCCGAGCUCGCUCAUCGCGCCGGCGUGCCCAAGGGCGUCGUCAACAUCGUCACGACGCUGGAGAACACGGCCAAGGUCGGCGAGGUGCUCACGACAGACCCCACCGUCAAGAAGCUAUCGUUUACCGGUUCCACCGCCGUCGGCAAGCUGCUCACCAAGCAGUCGUCCAGCACGCUCAAGAAGCUGUCGAUGGAGCUUGGCGGCAACGCCCCUUUCAUCGUCUUUGACGAUGCAGACAUCGAUGCCGCCGUCGCCGGCGCCAUCGCUUCCAAGUUCCGCUCCUCGGGUCAAACUUGCGUCUGCGCCAACCGAAUCUACGUUCAGGAAGGCAUCUACGACGAGUUUGCCCGCAGGUUCACCGAAAAGGUCGCCGCCUUCCACGUGGGCCACGGCUUCAAGGACGGCACCACGCACGGUCCUCUCAUCCACGGCCGCGCCGUUGCCAAGGUCGAGGCGCAUGUGAAGGACGCGCAGAGCAAGGGAGGCAAGCUCCUCAUCGGCGGACAGAAAAUGCCUGAACUGGGGUCCAAUUUCUUUCAGCCGACGGUGAUCCGCGACGCGACCCCCGACAUGGCCAUCGCCACCGAGGAGACAUUCGGGCCUGUCGCCGCCCUUUUCCCCUUUAAGACGGAAAAGGACGUCGUCGACAUGGCGAACCGUGCCGAGGUUGGUUUGGCCGGCUACUUUUUCUCCCGAGACCUUCAACGAGUCCACCGUGUCGCCGAGGCUCUCGAGGUCGGCAUGGUGGGCGUCAACACAGGCAUCCUCUCGGACCCGGCAUCUCCCUUUGGCGGUGUCAAGGAGAGCGGCUUCGGAAGAGAGGGGUCCAAGUACGGUAUUGCAGAGUACCAGAUUACCAAGAUGAUUACUUUUGGUGGUAUGGGCCAGCCCUUGCAGAGCUGA